AGGGCACUGACUGCCUCCCGGCCACUCGGCCGCGCCCGAAACAAAAUGUCCCUGAAGUUACCAAGGACCUGGGAUUUCAACCUGAAAGCCGAGGCUGCGAAAAUAGCUCGGUCAAGGAGUGUGAUGACCGGGGAGCAGAUGGCCGCCUUUCACCCACCGUCGGCGCCCAGCCCUCUGGAAAGGCCCAUCAAGAUGGGCUGGCUGAAGAAGCAGAGGUCCAUCGUGAAGAACUGGCAGCAGAGGUACUUCGUGCUGAGGGCGCAGCACCUCUGCUACUACAAGGACGAAGAGGACACCAAGGCACAGGGUUGUGUGUUUCUGCCAGGCAGUACGAUCAAAGAGAUUGCCACCAACCCAGAAGAAGUUGGGAAGUUUGUCUUUGAAGUGGUCCCAGCCUCAUGGGACCAGAGUCGCUUGGGUCAGGACUCCUAUGUCCUCAUGGCCAGCUCUCAGGCAGAGAUGGAGGAGUGGGUGAAGUUCCUCAGGAGAGUCGCUGGCACACCAUCUGGAGCAGUGUUUGGCCAGCGCUUAGAUGAAACUGUGGCCUACGAGCAGAAGUUCGGCCCCCACCUGGUGCCCAUCCUAGUGGAGAAGAGCGCAGAGUUCAUCCUAGAGCACGGCGUGAAUGAAGAGGGCAUCUUCCGUCUGCCUGGGCAGGACAACUUAGUGAAGCAGCUGAGAGAUGCCUUUGAUGCCGGGGAGCGUCCCUCCUUUGAUGGGGACACAGAUGUGCACACAGUGGCCUCUCUGCUGAAGCUCUACCUCCGAGAGCUCCCAGAACCGGUGGUUCCCUGGAGCCAGUACGAAGGAUUCCUACUCUGUGGGCAGCUCAUGAAUGCCGAUGAGGCAAAGGCUCAGCAGGAGUUAAUGAAGCAGCUCUCCAUCCUUCCUCGUGACAACUAUAAUCUCCUGAGCUACCUCUGUAGGUUUCUGCAUGAAAUUCAACUGAGCUGUGCUGUUAACAAGAUGAGUGUGGACAACCUGGCCACUGUCAUUGGUGUGAAUCUCAUCAGGUCGAAGGUUGAAGACCCUGCUGUGAUAAUGAGAGGGACUCCUCAAAUCCAACGAGUGAUGACUAUGAUGAUCAGAGAUCAUGAAGUCCUCUUCCCCAAGUCCAAGGAUGCACUACUGUCACCAUCUGCUCAGAAAAAUGACCCCAAGAAACCCCCAGUGCCCCGAAACUCAGUGGGCUGGGAUGCUACUGAAGACCCCCCAGUUUCCAGGACAGACAGCUUCAGUCACACGGUAAGUGACUCUGAUGCUACUAGCCCCACUGGACCAUGGCCGAGUGACCAGGAGGACUGUGGUAGAAACCUCAGGGAAAAGCCAGGAGAUUGGAAGGUGCAGUCUCGAAAAAGGACUCAAACGCUCCCUAACCGGAAGUGUUUCUUGACAUCAGCUUGGCAAGGUGCCCAUAGCAGCAAAGUGGAGGUCUUUAAAAAUGAGUUCUGGUCAUCGUCUUCUGAGACUAAGGCUGAGGAGGGGCACAGAAGAGCCAUGUCUCAAGACUUACUCCACCUUUGUGACUCCCAGCGGACUUCUACCUAUGACAAUGUCCCCGCCCCAGCAGCAUCCACUGGGAACACAGCAGGUGCGCUCUCUCCUCAUGCCUGUGACUCAAAGACAGAUGCUGUUACUAGCACAGACUCAGAAAUGGGGACUGGAAGGAAGAAUUCUGGAGAUGAAGAACUCAAUUCUUUGCAGAAAAUGGUCCAGCACCUACAGAAGGAAAUAGAAACACAGAAGCAGAUGUACGAGAAGCAAAUUAAAAACCUUGAGAAGGAAAACUAUGAUGUCUGGGCUAAGGUGGUCAGGCUCAAUGAAGAACUGGAGAUGGAAAAGAAGAAGUUUGCAGCUCUGGAAAUCAGCCUCCGGCACAUGGAGCGUUCCCGGGAAGAUGUUGAGAGGAGGAACAAAGUUCUAGAAGAAGAAGUCAAGGAUUUUGUGAAAUCAGUGAAGGAGCCCAAGACCAAAGCUGAUGCUUGAUGGCUGGAGAAGUUCUGCAGGGACAGCCAACUCCAUUCCUUUGCUCUGUGCUACGUUGAACUAGGAGAAAGGUCCCUUUCUAAGAGGGAAAUGGCCCCUUGAAGAAAAAUGUCACAGUCCCCAGAAAAUAAAUCAAUGGGAUUUCCAAAAAUAAGGGUGAUUAGGGACAAACAUUAGCACUUUGGCCACAUAUACUCAAAGGGAUUGUGUUCUUCCACUGUGCUCUUAGGCUGAAUGAACUGGAACCUUCCAUGGUAGAUGACUUAGGCCAGUGGAGACAUGUGAGACAAGUGCCACCUCAGGGCCCAGACAGAGGCUGGGCUAAGGCAUUCAUCCUUUGUUUUCUGUGUGGGAUAACUGGCUUGGCUAGGUGGUUCAGGCCAUAUCUAAGCCACAGGGCAGAAUACACUCAUCUCGCAAGGGCUCACUUGGCGAGGGCUGUGCUGGAGGCAGAAUCCAAACUUAUUAGAGUAGAAUGAAACAAACAAUAAAGUGUAAAAAGAAAAGAAAAACAAGCAGGGCUGGUGCUAGUCCACACACCACCACCAUGGCAGUAGUAAAAGACACUCCUUCUCUGAAGACGUUGUGGCCUUUCCUGGUGCGUGGUUGGGAAACAGGGCCUAGGCUAGAUUCCACACUGGCUUGCUUCUCAGUGGUCCCACCUGUAUCUGGAGGGCCUAGGAGCAAAUGUUUACAACUGUGAAGUGACCUUAAGGACACACUGUAGAUUUGUAUAAUGAAUAGUCAAGGUCAUCUUGAUUUCCUAUUUUAUCAAAAUGCAAGUGACUUUCAGGGGCACGGGGCACUAGACAGCAGCUGUGAGUAAGGCUGUCCCAGCAGACAGCUGACUUGUUCUACAUCGAGCCAGCCUGGCACUGCCCUCGUCAGACACCAGAACCCUGGGUGGGUUGGAUGAGCGUUCAUAGGUUUUGUCACCAUUUUAGUUAUGGGGUAUCCAAGUACUUUUUGACUGUUCACCCAGUGUUGGAGCAUAACCCCCUCAAUGAGGCAUAUUUAUUUAUUUGUUUAUUUAUUUAUAAGUUGCACCUUACCCUGUUUGUAUUUGGGUUUUACUUCCAUGGAUUCAACCAAAGGCUGAUUACAAAACUAUUUUGAGUGAUGGCUGCUUACAGAACAUGCUAGAGAUGAUGCAAAGCACACAGGAAGUGAUGUGUGGGUUCUAUGAAAAUGCCAAUGUAUGUGAGACCUUGGAGUUUUGAGUCUCUUGGCCCUCUUGCAGUCUGUUGUUCUAAUCCUCCCACUGAUUCUGUUGCCACAUACCAUGGCUUCACUAUAUCAUGUGAGUUAGAAAACAUGCAGAGGUUAGGGACUGAGUAGUGAUGAAAUUACAACCAAAGAUUGGGGGAUUUUCCCCAAGGUGGCUUCAUCUCGGAGACCACCUUCCCAGUGGUUAUUGUCUGUACCUGUUUUACACUGUGUGCUUUAUCAUGCCUGGAAGUUACCUGAACUUUAGGAUGCCAUAAUCAAGGGCCUCCAACAUGGUUAGCACAGUGAGAGUUUGCCUCCCCAACACUGCCUCCUCUACUACUCCUCUUCUCUCUCUGCUUUCCUAACUGUGGGCGACCCGCUGUUCCCCUGGCACUCUGUCCCUUAUCAUCACAGAGUGAAAGACAGGAGCGUCAGUGUCCGACCACUCCCAUUUCCUGAAGAUGGUACCGAUGGGGAGACAGCGCAGAGCAUCGUCCUAGGGGCCUGUUUGCAGAAGAUGAUGGGGUAGUUUAGGACAUGAUUAAAAGCAAUAAAACAUUUGAUU